ACUUGUUGCUACUCCAACGUCUCACUAUUCCCAAUUAUUCAGUCCCCAACAGCACCAGCAGCAGCCAAAAUGGAAAUAAAAAUUAAAAUGCUCUCUCCAUGUAGCCAUGGCAGCAUCUAUUAGAUCAAACAUCUGGUGAGUUUAAUUUGGGGUGUAGCUGUCAUGCUGCAUAACUUGUGGCAGAGACAUAUAUUUCUAGAUGUUGCUCCUUUGGCCAACUGUGCUUCGUUCUUCCGGUCACCGUGUUGUGCUGCCGUAGACGCCGACCGGCCAAACAUCUGUUGAAAUAGCGUGAUGGAUAAAGAGAAAGAUGAAAUGCCACCUAGGCCUUCUACAUCGAUCCCACCGACACAGGAAUCUUGCGGUCCAGGAAAAUCGUAUUAUCCGCCAUUUAUUUAUACGUAUGCAUGGGGUAGUCAGCCCCCAUCUGGAAUGCCACCUUUUGGACCAACGAUGCUCUACCCUCCGUCGAGUAAUGCGGAGGAGUCGCGGCAACUUCAAAAUAUUAUGCUGCCCCCAUCUGGAAUGCCACAUUUUGGACCAAUGAUGCUCUACCCUCCGUCAAGUAAUGUGGAAGAGUCGAGACAACUUCAAAAUAUUAUGCUGCGCCCAUCAAUACCACCUUUUGGACCAACGAUGAUUUACCCUCCGUCAAGUAAUGCGGAUGAGUCUGGGCGAGUUCAAAAUAUUAUCUUGCCCCCAUCUGGAAUGCCACCUUUUGGACCAACAAUACUCUAUCCUCCGUCGAGUAAUGUGGAGGAGUUGGGACAAGAUCAAAAUAUUAUGCUGCUCCCAUCAAUGCCACCUUUUGGUCCAACGAUGCGUUACCCUCCGUCGAGUAAUGUGGAGGGGUCUGGGCAAGUUCAAAAUAUUAUCCAGCCUCCAUCAAUGUCAUACCCUCCGUCGAGUAGUUCGAAGGAAUUGAGAAGAUCUGGAAUGACCCCCCAACUAGCAAGUGAAUCAUCAACUAUGCCAUUUACAUCUGAAAGUGAAAAAAUUUUGGGAAGUGCAUCACACAUGACUGAUCAAAGCUGUCAAAAGAGUAAAUAGGGAGAGGCCGAGGGGAUUGAGGCCGAGGGGAUUGAGGCCAAGGGGACUAAUGAAG